AUUUUCACUGCGUGCUUAUUUUUCGCCUUCCGUGUUGCGUUUUCUGGAAAUGGCCGCCCCUGAGCAGUCCCUGCCGCCCAUGUCAAGGGGAUGCCAGAGCUCUGCCUCACUCUCCCCACCGCGGGGCGACCGAACCCUUUUAGUGAGGCACCUGCCAGCCGAACUGACCGCCGAAGAGAAAGAGGACUUGCUGAAGUAUUUCGGGGCGCAGUCGGUGCGGGUCCUGUCAGAUAAGGGACGACUGAAACAUACAGCUUUUGCUACUUUCCCUAAUGAAAAAGCAGCUAUAAAGGCAUUGACAAGACUACAUCAGCUGAAACUCUUAGGUCAUACUUUAGUUGUUGAAUUUGCAAAGGAGCAAGAUCGAGUUCAUUCUCCAUGUCCCCCUUCAGACACUGAAAAAAAGAAAAGAUGUGAUGAUCCUGUGGAAGAUGAUAAAGAAAAGAAAGAACUUGGUUGUUUAACCAUAGAAAAUGGAAUUGCACCAAACCAUGGGCUGACUUUCCCUCUGAAUUCAUGCCUCAAGUAUAUGUACCCACCACCUUCAAGCACAAUCCUAGCGAACAUAGUAAAUGCUUUGGCAAGUGUGCCUAAGUUCUAUGUACAGGUGCUUCAUCUUAUGAAUAAAAUGAAUUUACCCACACCUUUUGGACCGAUUACUGCACGCCCUCCUAUGUAUGAAGAUUAUAUGCCAUUACAUGCACCUCUUCCACCUGCAUCUCCUCAGCCACCAGAGGAACCUCCUUUGCCAGAUGAGGAUGAGGAAUUGUCAAGUAUAGAAUCAGAAUAUGAGAGCAGUGAUGAUGAAGACCGACAGAGAAUGACUAAACUAAUGGAACUAGCAAAUCUUCAGCCCAAAAGGCCAAAAACAGUAAAGCAGCACCAUGUGAGAAAAAAACGAAAAAUAAAGGAUAUGUUGAAAACACCUUCAUCUGCUCCGCACAGCAGUUUACAUCCAGUUCUGUUACCUUCGGAUGUAUUUGACCAACCACAACCUGUAGGUAGUAAGAAAAUUGAAUUUCAUAUAUCUACUGACAUGCCAUCUGCAUUUAAGAAAGAUCUAGAAAAAGAACAAAAUUGUGAAGAACAGAAUUAUGAUUUACCUGCUGCUGAAGGUGAUGCACCCAGUGUAGGAUUUGGAAAAAUCUUCCCUAAACCUAAUUUGAACAUCACAGAAGAGAUUAAAGAGGACUGUGAUGAAAUGCCAUCAGAAUGUAUUUCUAGAAGAGAGUUGGAAAAAGGCAGAAUUUCUAGAGAAGAAAUGGAAACACUCUCAGUUUUCAGAAGUUACGAACCGGGUGAACCAAACUGUAGAAUUUAUGUAAAGAAUUUAGCUAAACAUGUGCAAGAAAAGGACCUUAAAUAUAUUUUUGGGAGAUAUGUUGACUUUUCAUCAGAAACACAACGGAUAAUGUUUGAUAUUCGUUUGAUGAAAGAAGGUCGCAUGAAAGGACAAGCUUUCAUUGGACUUCCAAAUGAAAAAGCAGCAGCAAAAGCCUUAAAGGAAGCUAAUGGAUAUGUUCUUUUCGGAAAACCUAUGGUGGUUCAGUUUGCUCGAUCUGCUAGACCAAAACAAGAUUCAAAAGAAGGAAAAAGAAAGUGUUAAAAAUUAAUGAAGAAGCAUUCCUGCGUAAAUACUGCUGUAUUACUGUCAUACAAAGUGUAUCCUUUCUUGUUGUAUCCUUUUUGGGGCAGUGUUUUCUGUUUUUCCUAGAAAUGUUUUGUCCCUCCCCUACUCAUUGAUUCAGAUUAAGCAAUAAUUUUUUAUAAUUUAUCCAAUGAGAUAUUUCUAAAAUUAUCAAUGUUGACUGGACAAAUCGCUUACAUAUUUUUUAGAUCUGUUGCUGAAUUUGCUAUGCUGUUCUUGAGGUUAUGCAAUUUUUCCAGGGAAAGUUAGUGAAUCAGGUCAACUUAUUUACUUGGAGAAUGUAUGCAUCUGCUUCAACACAGAAUUUAGUCUUGUUUCUUAUAUUUAUGUAUUUCCUAAACCUGUUUUAAUAACAUACGCUUUCUGUUUUAUGAUAUAUCUGGUUUAGGUGUUCUAUAUAAUGUAUUGUAAAAUUGGUUUGGGGAAAGGAUUUUUUCUUUAAAAAAGUGUAUAUAUUGGAAAUUAAAAUAACUGAAUUUCUUUGUAAAUUCCAAGUAAGAGUAGCAGACUUCACUUCUGAGGUUUUAUUAUUGAUAUUUCCUUUGAGACAGAUAGCAAGUAGAAGUAUUUUUUUCCCCUCUUUUUCUAAACAAAACAAAAGGAAUGAGAAAAGAGGAACAGAGGGAAGAAGAAUAUAAUACUGACUCAGGGUAGCACAUUAAGUGAAAAAAAAAAAAAAAAAAAAUCUGGCAGGUAUAUGUAGUAACAGUGGUUUCCAGACUGGCUGAUGACCAUAAUUACCCAAAACAGUGGUUCUUAAUCUUGGCCACAUUUUGGAAUCACCUGGGAAACUUAAAAACUGAUGAAGGGAAGAAAAGGCUAAAAUGUACCUGGGUUUCUCCGCAUUUUGAUUUAAUUGGUCUGGUGUACAGCAUAGAUCCUGGAGUAUUUCAAACUUCCUAAUGUGUGACCCAGGUUGAGAACUAUUGAGGAAGGAUUUUUAUAUUCAGAGAUUCCCGGACUCUCGCCUGAAACUAAUAAAUCAGAAUUUCUGGGAAUGGGACCAAGAGUCUGUUUUGAAAAGGUGUCUUUAGUAGUUCCAAGGGCUGACCAGUUUGGAUACUAGUUUGUUAGAUUAAGAUGGUUAGAUGCUUACUACAACCUAGCCAUCCAACCUUCUCUAUGUAGGAAAAUCAAGAAUUGGAGCCUCUGCAUUUCUUGCAAAUCCUGCUAUUGCUAGUACUAGGAAAACAAUAAAAAUUCUGUUAAUAAUUUUAAUCACUCAAGAGUAUACAAAUUUAUAGAUACUGAAAUUGCUGUUUUUUUGUAGAGACAGUUAAAAUGGUUCUUUUUUAAUGUUAAUCAGUUUCUGUAUAAGCUGUUUAUUUAGACAAUUAAAAAUUUUUAGUACUGACAUGAUUCACUAAUUUUCUAAAUAUAAACAUGUUAGCUUUUAGUUAUUUUAAAACUAAUAAACUGUGUUAUAAUCAUAAUUAUUUUUAAUGAACUCUUAUGGUGUUUUAGGUUCCUUUUGAUUCCAUGUCUUCCAACUGCUUUCCAACUUUAAGGAAAAGAAAGUGACACCUGGAUUAUGGAACUGUGCGUAACAGCUUUUAAAGUAUAUUUAAAAAUUAAAUCUAUAUGCAUUUAAAUCAGUUUAUUGGAGAUAUAUUACAUGUAUUUUAAUCCUCUUCCUCAUAUAUAAUAAAUUAUUUUCUUUCCAA